GGAAUUACCUACAUCGUCGAUUUCGUAAACAUGGCUGACACCCGAAUGAGAAAACGGCCCAGGAAAAUACGGGAGGGUGCUGUACCAGAAAAACCAACGAAAGAAGAAACCGCAGUUGCUAAGUAUUUACGUUUCCAUCUUCCAACAAAGGAAACCACGUUCAUGCAAGAGAAUGUACAAUACUUUACAGGACAAAAGGCUGUUGAUUUUCUUCUUGAAUCAAAAUGGGCAAAAGGUACAAAGGGCACAGAUGUUCUGUUCACUACCAGGUUAACCGUUGUGAACUACCUGAACAGGUUGUUGAAGAAACGGAUGUUCUAUAGGGCAAUUAAAACUGUGAAAAGGAAACGUGAAAAAGAUGCGAAGAGUAAGGAUAAGGAAGGAAAAGAGAAAGAAAAAGAGUCAAAAUCAAAGGACAAGGAAUUGAAGAAGAAGGAAAAGGAAAAAGACUCCAAAAUGAAAGAUAAAGAGACAAUAAAGAAAGAGUCUGAGACUGAAGAAAAGAAAUCUAAGAAAGAGAAGAAGAAAGAAGAGCAGGAAAAAGAGGAAGAAGAGGAGAACGAAGCAAACGAAAAAGAGACAAAGAAAGGGAAGAAGAAAAUAGUAUUGGACUUUGCGGACCAUCAGUGCUUUAAAGAUAACUUGGACGCAUAUGUGUGGGUGUAUGACCCUGUUAAGACGAAAGAUUAUAUACUUGGUUUUACUCUAGUGAUUGCUGCAAUUGGUGUCUGUAUCUACCCCUUAUGGCCUCCUGAGAUCAAGAUUGGUACAUACUACGUUAGUCUUGUUGGUGCUGGAUUUGUUGGAUUUAUUUUAGGUCUUGCUAUAUUCCGUUUUAUUCUUUUUACUUGCUUAUGGGUUGCUACUGUUGGGAAACUUCAUUUCUGGUUGUUCCCAAAUCUUCUCGAAGAUGUCGGUGUUCGAGAAUCCUUCCAACCCUUUUACGCCAAAGAAUGGCGUAGUGGAGAAAAACAAGAUAUGGAAAAUGAUUCUGAUAAAGAAAACAAAAAAGAUGAUGAUGAUGAUAAUAAAAAAGAAGAUGGUGAUGAAAUGCAAGAGGAAAAUGAAGAAAAGAGCAACGAUUCGAAAAACGAGGAAUCAGUAAAAAGUGAAUCAAGUGAUGAUAGUAAAGGAUCUGAGAUGGAAGAAGAGGAAUGUGAGGCGCAGGAUGACUUUGAAGUCAUCGGAAAGGAAGAAAUUUCUGCUGUCGAAGAAUAAUAAUAAUAGAGUAAUAAACAUGGAAUAAUUCUUGUAAGUAAACUAUUAAAUAUAUGUACUGUUUGUAAUGUUUUGGUCCAUUGUCAACAUAUCUUCAUCAGACCAAUGACAGCGGGCAGAGACAGGAUUUUCAAAGGUGGGGAGCUGUCUUGAGUGGUACGUAGUACCAGUGGGGGUGGGUUCGGACAAGAUGGGACGCGAAAGUUUGAGGAAAUAGUACUUCUAGAUGGCCAGAAAUUACACUUUUAUAUAGUAAAAUUCAUCAUCAUCACAUCUCCAUUAUAUAGUCAAAAUGAAGUGCCAACAAAUUCUCAUAUUCAGUUAUCAAGGGAUCUUCAGCAACCAUAGAGAUCUAAUUAAUUUUCAGCAAACAUUGAGAUCUAGGAAACCUAAGACAACUAAGCCUAUCUAUAGCUUACUACAGGUAAGCUUUAACUACAAUACUAAUUAUAAUGGUUUGGCAUGGUUGGGUUGGACAAAUUUCUUUUUCGUUUUAGCACAAUUUUCUUCACUUUGAAAUAUUAUUAAUAUUAUUAACAUAUCUAUUAUCAUUAUCGUCAUCAUCGUUAUUAUGACUAAACUAGUAGUAGUAUUAUUAAACAAAACUUUAUAAAUGCUUGCAAAAGGAUAAAAACAAAACUGAAACAUAUUAUCACAUUUCUGUAUCUUAAAAGACCUGGCUUGGGAUUUAAGCUAAUUUUUUUGUUAAGUGAGUUUGAUAAAUCCAUCCCCUGAGUGGUAAAGCCAUUAUAUAAUCCCAAAAAUGAAUUUUCUUGCAUUAUCGUUUGUCGUUUAUUCUAAUGAAUAUCCCACUGGGUUACUAUCAGGGAGUGGGUGACUUUUAUUAAGAUGUUUAUUGUGGGUUUCUAUCAGACAGGAGCCACUGCUCCCCUGGAAUACAUCCCUGACAACGGGAUCGAUUUGGUUUUCAACCUUCAAAUCGGGGUUUCAAUCCCUUGCUGUGCAUUUCGCUUGUGUCCUUGACCAAGGCACAUUAUCUGCAUUCCUUCUCUCUGCCCAGGAGUAUAAGUGGGUUAAAAUGCCAAAUGUGCUGAUUACUUGCUGCAGUGUUAUAGAAUACACAGGACUGAUUAGAUGGUUGGAAAUAUUAGAGUGCCGUCUCUGUUCAUGUUUGGUUACGAAAACAUGGAAACAACAUGAAAAGAGAAGAAGAUAUAUAUACAAACUCGAUAAUAUUUACAUCCAACUAAUCAGUCCUGAAACUACUGGUAGAGGGCAACCCACAACACCGGGAAUCGUCGACAACUAGCAAACCAGUCAUUGUCAGAUGAAGAUCCAUUGAAAACGGAUCAAGACAUCAAAAACAGUAUUUAUAUUAAAUGGUUUACAUACAAGAAAACCAGAUGAGAGUACAGUAUUCGAGCUUAAUACAGUAAUAAAUCUGUUUAUUUAUUAUUGUUGCAUUGAAAUACAAAGAGAUAUGUAUUGAGGAAGCAGACAUGUAAGGCUAUUUUAUUCAGAAUAUACCUAAACACCUGUAUAUAAAUGAACCUAAAUAUUGUAGAGUGUGAGAUGUGUCUCCAAUUUAUGUUAGGUUUUCAUUGGAGGUGCUGUUGCAAAUAUGGAAUUCAUUUUUAUGUAAAUAUAAUAAAAAUGAACUUUAUGAAUAUGUGAUUAUUAUCUCAAAUUUCUGGUGCCGUUGCAAAAUAUGGGAUUCAUUUGGUAAUUGGUAUGUAAACCAGCUCAAAAACAAACAAAAUAUUAAUUAUUUUUAUAUGCAUGUUAUGUUUCUUCCGAACUAUUAUACAGACUGUUAUGUUUAUGUAAUGCUAAUUUGAAUUUAUAAUUCUAAAAGUCCAAAGCCAGACCAUUCCAGAUAUCAAGACUAAUUUUCUCAAUUCUGUGUCUGUAAAGUAUUUAUGCCAAGCCGUCUAUAACCACUGAGGAAAAUUGCGUUCUCAAUAGUUGUGAUGUUAACAAUGAAAAAUGCAGCAAAUUAAAGUUAUGAAUGACAACAAAA